AAAGCCUUUUGUUGUAAUCUUAGCCAAUAGAGACGGAUUACGACACUGGGCAGCCGACAUAUAUAAAGGGGGGCUUUCCAAACGCACUUGCACACUUUCAAUGACAGAUCAUUCAACACCGUGGACUAAACAGUGACAGAAUAGGUCAACCUACCAACAAAUUUAAUAAAAGGAAAUGCAGACAUUAAGCUAACCUAACUCUCAGAUCAAACAUCGAGGACAUCAUUUUGGACUCAUUGAUAAUUUCCAAUUAUGGCUCUCAUGCACCGGUUGAAAUAAUUUGGAGACAGCCACCGUUGAACUAGUUGCACUUCAUUGCACGUCUUCUUUAGGACGUAGGAAUAACAAGGACCAACAAUAUUAUUCAAGAAGAUACAGAAGGAAAACUGUUUUUAACUAUCAUCAUCAUGUCAAGGUAUAACUUUUUGCUGUGUCUGGUGAUCAUUUCCUUGGAACUGUCCGCCAGUAACGAGCCCAACCUCUUUCUCCCACCGGUAAGCGAGAUGCCCACGGACGCUGGUGUUUCGCUUAUCGAGGUGGAGGACGCAGGCGUUCGCGAGUGCUCCGCGUGCGUGUGGCGGGAACAGAGCAAGGUGCUCAGGCUUGAGACCAUCAAGUCCCAGAUCCUUAGCAAGCUCCGGCUGAAACAUGCGCCAAACAUCAGCCGCGAGGUGGUCAACCAGCUCUUGCCCAAGGCACCCCCGCUGCAGCAGCUCCUGGACCAUCACGACUUCCAAGGGGACGCUUCUUCACAGGACGAGUUUAUGGAGGCUGAUGAGUAUCAUGCCACAACGGAGUCAGUUAUCACAAUGGCAUCGGAGCCCGAACCCCUGGUGCAGGUGGAUGGCAAACCCAGCUGCUGCUUCUUCAAGUUCAGCCCCAAGCUGAUGUUCACCAAGGUGCUGAAGGCUCAGCUGUGGGUGUACCUGCGUCCCCUGCAGCAGACCUCCACGGUCUACCUGCAGAUCCUGCGCCUGAAGCCCAUCACCGAGCAGGGCAGCCGCCACAUCCGCAUCCGCUCACUCAAGAUCGAGCUCAACUCCCGCUCCGGUCACUGGCAGAGCAUCGACUUCAAGCAUGUGCUGCAGAACUGGUUCAAACAGCCACACACCAACUGGGGCAUCGACAUCAACGCCUUUGACGAGAGCGGGAAUGACCUCGCCGUCACGUCACUCAGACCUGGCGAGGAGGGACUGCAGCCGUUUCUGGAGGUGAAGGUUCUCGAGACGACCAAACGCUCAAGGCGGAACCUGGGCCUGGACUGCGACGAGCACUCCACCGAGUCCCGCUGCUGCCGCUACCCCCUCACCGUCGACUUCGAGGCCUUCGGCUGGGACUGGAUCAUCGCCCCCAAGCGCUACAAGGCCAACUACUGCUCGGGCCAGUGCGAGUACAUGUUCAUGCAGAAGUACCCACACACCCACCUGGUCCAGCAUGCAAACCCUCGAGGCUCAGCCGGGCCCUGUUGCACCCCGACCAAGAUGUCUCCCAUCAACAUGCUCUACUUCAACGACAAACAGCAGAUUAUCCACGGCAAGAUUCCUGGCAUGGUGGUAGACCGCUGCGGCUGCUCCUAAGCAGAUAUUACACUUUGUUGGGGUGGGGGGUGGGGGAGUUAGGACGCAGGGGUGUUGGGUGGGGAAAAGAGGAAGGCUACACGUACACUCAUUCUUACACAUACACACACAUUCCUGCGUCUGUUUUACCACCCCAGCCCUAACCAGCAGACUGACUUAAGCUCUUCCCAAGACACCAAACCAUUUGCCCUUCAUCCUUCAUAAUUCCUCUUGGAUCUCUGCGCCUACUUCUCUCUGUAUGUGCUUGCUUUCCACACACCUUGGAAAAGAGCACACAAGCAUACAACGAAAAAGACAAGGGAACGUUUUUUUUUGUUCACUUAGCCUCUUGCUUUAGUGCAGCUUUCAGCAGAAAGGUAUAGAGGGAAUGAAUGGACAUUGACUGACUGAGAGAGAUUUAUACGAGAGUUUUCAAGUGUUGUUUUUUAUUGUCCAGAGUGAAGACUCAAGGGAAAUUAUAUAAUAUUAUAUUAUUUGGUCCUUUCUUUUAGGUGUUUGUUAGCUUUGUGGUUGCUCCCUUCUCAUUUCAAAAAGGUUUGUCCUUGAAGUUCAAUAUCAAUCCACACAUUUGCUAAAGAUUCACUCGAUCUAGGGAAGCUACAUAAGGCGUGUUCAUCAGAUGUCCAGUUUCACUCGCCACAUUUCUGCCACUGUUCUGUAACUUAGCAUUCAGACACAUCAGGUAGUAUCUGCAACUCAGGCACCUCCACCCCCACAAAUCAUAGAUCACUCGCAUAUGUCAAUAUCAAUGAUUCAUCUGAGGCCAAAAACUCUCAUCUUGUCCAUUGUACCAUCACAUAGGUACAGAAAAACAUAAAGUGCUUAAAAGACUUUCAACCAUCCCCCUCCCUUCUUCUCUCCAGAGGCAGGUAGCACCCUAGUGUGACAUUCCCAAGGGUUCAAGAACCCUUUCACGGCCACUUUGAUCUUCUUUUACUCGUGAUCUUGUAAAAGACAAAAAGAAACGGGAGAAGAAAAGAAGGUUUAUUUCACUGCCUGUAUACGUGAGCAGGAAAGGCCUUUGCCAGUGCUUUCUUUCUUUCUUUCUUUUUCUCUCUUUGCUGCCACAACAGCUGAGGUACCCAUAGCGUCAACGUACCCAAACUUAAUUGUGCUGCAUUAGUGAAAGAAACAGUGACUUUAACUACAUAUAUAUCAUACAUCCAGUAACCUAGUAUGUCAGACCUAGAACUGGCUGAAAGCUUUUUUUCUCUUAAUGGUUUUCUAGUGGGAGGAAAUGUAUCAAUAUUCUAGGUUUAAAUGAGAUGUAAGGCAAAUAACAAGUAUGACAAAUUUCCCACAUGCAAACUGAAUUUAAUUUUUGUCAGUAUUAAUGCUUUGCUGCAUAAUACCACAUUUUCAAAAGUCCUUGAAUGCUAUAUGGACAUAGCAGGACUAUUACAGCUUUGGUGUACAUGUCGACUCAAAGCUUUGAGAAAUGACCAAAAGAUGUAAAACUGAGAAGCAUCUGCAUGUUGAACACGGCACCACAUCAUGGAGGGAAAACCAACCAGACAGAGCAAAGCUCAUCCACCCAAACAUUUUGUCUUUCCAUGGGAAUUAAAGAUGUUGCUGUUAAACUGAAAUAGCUUUGAAAAGCCUCCAUCGCUCAAUGAGUUUGGACAGACUUACAAUGAACAUUUAAUAAGGAAUACCCCUCCGCCAUCCAAUACUUACACAUGUAAUACCCAACACACAGACUAUAGUCACACAUCUAUUAACUUUCCCUUCAGUCAGAGAGUCUCAUUGUUGGUGAAGAGUGAGAACCAAAAGUAUAAAUGACACUAUAGUUUUGUGUUAUAUGGCUACUCUGUUAAUGAAGGUCAAGAGGACUUGCAUGAUGAGAAUUAAAAACUGGAAGGAAAGACUAACCAAGACAUUAAGGGAGCCACUGCUUGUGACUGGAGAGACACUCAGCAAUGUAGAUAACGCAACGUAAUCAUCUUCGAUAGUAACAGAUUUUUUUCGGUUUUGACAUUUUCUUUUUUCAGUUUAUAUAAAUAUAUAUAUACACACACAAAUAUAUAUAAUACCAUAAUGUAUUAUAUAUAUCAAAAUUUACCCUUCCCUUAUUCCCAUUUCAAUGCUUUAUGGUACCGUGAACUAUGGAAGUGCUUGAACGAAAAUCAAAAAAAAAAAAAAAAAAAAAAGAAGUAGAAUAGAAAGCUUGAAGUCUGUCUUGUCCCCACCAGAUGUCAAAGCGAAGAAGAUGUCCCUUUGUUGGAAACGAAAGCACUAUGCCGUUGGAUAAAGGAAGAGCCUUCUGACAUUAUAUAUAAAUAAUAUAUGUGUAUAAUUUAAAAAAGGGGAAAGAUCCUUUCUUGGCACUCUACCUUACCAACAAUAAAUUUUGCACUAUGGGAAGUGAAUGCUGAGAGGAGUUGUAAUGUUUGUUUUCUCUGUUUGUAUUUUACCUUAUCGAGCACAAGAGCUUGUACAUGGAGUAUAAAAAUCAAGAGAAAAAAAAGAAGAAAAAAUACCGUCCAAACAUAUGGCUAUACAUUGUGUGGAAACUAGUGGGUCUGUUAAAAAAACUUUCUUUACCAUGAUGCUUUUCCAAACCCCAUCUCCAGAAGCGGAGGCCUUUGUCUAGCCCUCUCCAGCCGAGCAUCUCACAACUCUGUACGGAGACAUUGCUCUCACCAGCAAGUCAUUUGAACUGGAAUAUAGAAGUAGAUCACGGCAGGAUAUUCACAGGCCCUCCUGAGUUGGAGGGACUUGUUUUGAUGGACAGAUUGUUAUUCUGCUUUUUGCAUUGUAUGUGUUUUUGACUGUGUGAAUCUCGGGAGAUGAAUACAGGUUAUUGUCUGCUUGCCAAAGCCGUGAAUGAUGUGUUGUGUACAGUAAUGUAUGAGAGUUUACUUAACCCAACCUGUAGAACACAAAAAAGAUUAAAU